GAGGUGUCCCAGGAAGCAUGCAGCUGUGUCGCUAGGGGCCCUGAAGACUGCCUUGCAGGGAGGAAUGCUACGGUGGGCAGUGCACUUGGAAGGUGGGCCGCGGAGGGUGAACCACGCGGCUGUGGCCGUCGGGCACAAGGUCUAUUCCUUUGGCGGAUAUUGUUCUGGAGAAGACUAUGAGAGUCUGCGGCAGAUUGACGUCCAUGUUUUCAAUGCAGUGUCUCUGCGCUGGAUCAAGCUGCCUCCAGUGUGGACAAACAGCCAAGACCAUGUGAGAGAGGUGCCCUACAUGAGGUAUGGGCACUCAGCAGUGCUCAUAGAUGACACCGUCUACAUAUGGGGUGGUCGCAACGACACUGAGGGAGCCUGCAACGUGCUCUAUGCCUUUGAUGUCAACACGCACAAGUGGUUCACGCCAAAGGUGUCUGGAAUGGUCCCAGGAGCAAGAGAUGGGCACUCAGCUUGUGUCCUGGCAAAGAGCAUGUUUGUCUUUGGAGGCUAUGAACAGCUG